GCCAAUAUGCACUUAACUGAAAAUACGGUAGGCCGAUUACCAUGAGUACUGUAGUAAUGUUGAUACAAAAAGAGCCUCUUAUCUUAAUUGAAUCACCCAAACCAAAUCCAUUAAAGCCAGAAGAACAAGAUUCAAUAUUCAACGACUGCAAAUCAAAUCAAAUCAAAUGGGGACUCCCUUCCCAAACCCCAUCACUCCUUCCCAAACUCGCAUAGGUUGGAUCGGCAUAGGCGUAAUGGGCGCUGCCAUGGCCUCUCGCCUCCUCUCUGCCGGUUACUCACUCUCCUUCUACGCUCGCAACCCUUCCAAACCUUCAUCCCUCUCUCUCCAAUCCCAAGGCGCCGUUCUCGCCUCUUCCCCACGCGACCUCGCUCGUUCCUGCGAUGUUAUCUUCACCAUGCUCGGACACCCACCAGAUGUUCGACAAAUUGUCCUCGACUCGGAUGGCCUCCUCUCCGGCCUAAAUCCAAACUCUGUCAUUGUUGACACUACCAGCAGUCACCCUGCACUCGCACGCGAAAUUUUCUCCGCUGCACGCAAGAUAGAUUGCUGGGCUGUCGACGCCCCGGUUUCCGGGGGCGACAUUGGUGCUAGAGAUGGGAAAUUGGCCAUACUCGCUGGUGGUGAUGGUGAAGUUGUGAAGUGGCUGACACCCUUGUUUGAUAUUUUAGGGAAGGUCACGUAUAUGGGUCUAGCGGGUUGCGGCCAGAGUUGUAAGAUAGGGAAUCAGAUUGUUGUGGGAGCGAAUUUGUUGGGGCUGAGUGAAGGGUUGGUGUUUGCGGAGAAGGCGGGUUUGGAUGUUGGGCAGCUCUUCGAGGCGGUGAGGAGUGGGGCGGCGGGGUCGAUGGUGAUGGAGUUGUUUGGGGAGAGGAUGAUAGGGAGGGACUUUAGGCCAGGUGGGUUUGCAGAAUAUCAUGUGAAGGAUUUGGGGAUGGGUGUGGAUGUUGUGGAGCAAGGUGAUGAUGAGAAGGUUGUGGUUUUACCUGGGGCAGCAUUGUGUAAGCAGUUGUUUUCUGGGAUGGUGGCUAAUGGGGAUGGGAAGCUUGGCACUCAGGGCUUGAUCACUGUUGUACAGAGACUCAAUGGCAAGUGAGAGCUUAAACAAUUUCCAAUCUUUGCAAUAAUGUUUGGGGUUUAUGCAUGGUUUUUCAUGUAAGUUAAGGCAAUGUGUAGAGCAUAAAGUAUGUUAUGCAAUGGGCAUACAUGGCAUAAUUCUUUUAUGUCUGUGAGAUCCAUACAGCAUGCGAGAAUGACGUUUUAUGUGUUUAUUACAUAAGGUAUCGCCGCGAGUGAGAUUGAGGUGGAAUGGUGUGAAGUGGUAGGAAUUUGUUCUUGGUUCAUUUUGCUUGGCUGGUUCUGUAUUUGUCCAAGAUGUUUGGUGAUUAUAAUUAGUGAAUCUUGGUCUGCAUUUUGUUCUGCUCUGCAAUGGGUUUCUUAAGAGUUGUUUCUUUAGAGAUGAAAAUUAAUGAAAGACGAUUGUAAAAGACCUCAA